UUUCCUUUUAUUUUGAGUGUUUAUUUACCAUCUGCCCCGCGGUGUUUUCGUCGUUGUUGAAAGUUUUUGAACGUUGAUGCGGUAUAUUUAAAAUAACUAAUAUCAGGAAUUCAGGCGAGCAAUAUGCCGUGCAUUGUACCGACUUGCGAAACGCCAGCCGCAACCCUCAUUCCAUUCCCCAGCAAUCCGAAGCUGGCGGAACGAUGGUCCGAAGCCAUUCAGGUGGGAUGUGAAAUGCUAGGCGCCGCCAAUGCCGAGAAAAAUACUGUCCGUCAGAUUUGUGAAUCUCAUUUUUGUGCCGCCACUAAUGACUACCAAGAACCAUCGUUGUUUUGCAACAGCAAAAGCAAAAAAGUACAGAUUGUAUGCUGUCGUAUGUGUCUUCGAUUCCAUACAAUUACGAAAUCUAUGCCGAAGAAUGGCUAUUUAGGAAAGGACAACAUAUCCUCGUUCAUUAUGGAAACGAUGAACAUCGAUCUAAAUGAUUCGAAUUAUUUCAAUUUUAUUUGCGAAUUCUGCUUGGCACGCCUCGAUAUCUGCAAAGUGAUAUUGUCAAAUUUUGUCGACGCCAAUCGAUGCUUUCAGGAGCUUAAAACCCAUAUAACCGCCCAGGAGUUGGAGUUUCUAGUAAAAGAUGAGACAACGAUUUAUCAGACGAUUUCUGAUUCCGAAGAGUUACUUUCUGAGCCCAUGGAUGAUGAAAGAAUGGAUGAUGAAAACAAAUCAGAAAGUGAAACAGAGUUGAACUAUGAUUCUGAAGAUAGCCUUAUUGAGAUGGUUGAAAAUGACACUACACUUUCUGGCGGAUCAGAUACCAAAAAGGAUUCAAUUAAUGAUAAACGCCCAAAAAGGUACAAAAAUGGAGCAUUCAGGAGAACUUUACGCAAAAAGUAUCUGGAAUCUAAUGAAACAGAUUCAGAUAAUUUGAAAUUUUUACUAGCAAAAAAAUGUUAUCUCUGUCAAAAAGCAUGGCCGGAUUCAAAUGCGUUGAACGAACACCUCACGGCUCAACAUGCAACCAUAACUGACUACCGAUGCGAAGAGUGCAACGAGGACUGUCUAACAAUUGGAUCAUACAAUCGUCAUUUGGCCAAACAUGAUAAAUCUGAACGCCCACAUAAAUGUAAUUUUUGUCCGUAUCGUUUCGUUCAUAAUGUAAACAUGAGACGUCACGAGAUGGCAGUUCAUAAUGUAAAACAUAAUGUGAAACCCUACAGUAAACCUAUCGUUAGAAGCAUAUUAUGCGAACACUGCGGGGCUUCAUUUCCUUACAAAACAAGGCUCACAGCCCAUAUACGUAUACAUCAUUUGAAUAAAAAACUAACUUGUAGCAUCUGCAACCGAUCAUUUACUACUAAUUACAGUCUCGAAAGGCAUAUGUUAAUACACAACAAUCAGAAACCACACGUUUGUGGGACAUGUGGCGAAAGUUUCCGAAGGCUGCUGAAUCUGAAACAUCACAUGGAAAAAGUUCACGAAGGACGCAAUCCUCAUGUUUGUACCGAAUGUGACAAAGAAUUCCAAACUUAUGAUGCUCUGUAUAUGCAUCGUUCCCGAAUACAUAAAGGGAAACUUCCCAACCCAUCCCGGCGUGUUCAGCAAUCAAAUAUGCCCAUUGUGUGCUCCCUUUGCAAAGUAUUGUAUCCUACACACCGGGAACUUGGUCAACACAUCGAAGACUAUCACUCAGAAGAUUACCCCUACGUUGAAUGUGACGUAUGUCAGCAGAAAUUCAUGACUAAAAGACAGUUAUAUUUGCACAAACCUCUGCAUACGGAUAGAUUUGAAUGUAAAAUUUGCGAAAAGAGAUUCCCGACUAAUCAGAGGCUACAGCAACACGAUGAUACCCAUCACAACUUUGAACGGAAGUACGAGUGCUCAAUCUGCACGGAUAAGUCUUUUAAACAUAUUAGUUCUUUCGAAAAUCAUAUGAGGGUACACAGAAGGGGGAAAAUUUUUCCCUGUGAGUUUUGCGACAAAACCUUCGCACGCCAAUAUUCUCUAAGAACUCACCGAAGAACUCAUACCGGCGAGAAACCUUUCGAAUGUCCCGUUUGUCAGAAACGUUUCGGAGAUGAUGGAACUUUCUGUAAGCACAAGAAGCGAUGCUUGUCGAAUGCAGCGUCGAUUAGUGGCGGAACAUUGAUGCAAUGCCGCGUUUGCCCCGUUUUCGUCGGUGAACAGGACAUUAUCAAAAUUAGGACUGACCGUGGGAUUUCCCAUAACGACGCCGUAAAGGAAUAUAGAUCCCGCCAAAACCAGACCAGCUCCAUACAACAGCGACUCAGCCAAGCCAGUUCCAGCUCUUCCGUCGACGCCAAGGAUCGGGAAAUCGCCGAACUACGAAGACAAGUGGCAUUCCUCACUGCUCAAAUCGCUACUUUUUCCCAACUCGUUAAAGAGAAAGAACGAACCAACGAAUCUCAAUGCAGUUCCGAAAGUGACACCAGCAUGGAAAGCAACAACUCUACCAUAAGUAAGGCCUCAAUCACCAAGCGUUUCUGGAAAACCUCUUCAGACGAUUCUCCCCCCGGGACAGAAACCAAUCCACAAGAUGACAGUAAAAUUCUGAAUCGCCCCAAAAAGAAACGUCAACGGAGACCGAACAAUGCCAAUCUACCAGCUAAAGACCCGACUGUUGACCAUAACCGACAAAACACCCAUCCGACCCCAACGGUAAAUCCAUCUUUCUUCCUAAAGGCCGUUUCCCUAUAUGCUUCGCCGUCACUAUCAUACGAAGACUACACCAAGGGCUUUGAAGAUCUGAUCCCACAAAUACCAACCCCUUUCAUCCUACUUGGUGAUUUUAACGCCCACUCUACUGAGUGGGGGAGUAAAAACGUUGACCGAAAGGGUGAGUUCAUCGAGGACUUUGCCCAAACUAAAUGCCUAACCAUCCUCAAUAAUGGCUCCCCUACACGUUUAUGUCCCCGCACGGGCAACACGUCAGCUAUUGAUUUAAGCAUAGUAUCCUGGUCUCUCGGGCCUAAAUUCGGCUGGAAAGCUCUAGAAGACAACGCUGCCACAAGGCCUCGCUGGCGUUACAACGAAGCCAACUGGGAUGACUAUCAAACCCAUAUUGAAAGAUUUAUCUCCGUUAACAAUUCUAUUUCCCUCGAACAAUUCAACAACAUCCUAUUGGAAGCGGGUUCCAAAUUUAUUCCCCGGUCAAGCGGAACACCAGGCAAAACCUCGGUCCCAUGGUGGGGGCCUGAAGUUCGGGAAGCCCUGAAAAAACGAAGGAAGGCCCUUCGACUUUUAAGACGUAUUCCUAAUGACCAUCCCAAUAAACAGACUGCUUUAACAUCUUUCAAAAAUGCCAGGGCGGAAGCCAGGUCCGCAGUUCGGACCGCAAAAAACAAUUGUUGGCUUAAGUUUACUGAAGAAAUUCACCCCAACACUCCCUCCAAAGUCCUUUGGAGCAAAAUUAAAACCCUUAACGGAGAACCCCGCAAAAAUCAGUUCCAUUUACUCCUUAACCAAAACUACACCAACGACCCACUCCUUCUGGCCGAAGCCUUCUGCAAACAUUUCUCCUCUACAAACACUGUCAAUCAAAAUCCAACUCCUCCCGAAGAAACCCCCCCAUAUUCUCUACAUCUUUCUCUCAGCUGUUCCUACAACUCCGACUUCACCCUAGAUGAACUCAACACGGCCCUUCAUAAAGUCAAGGGUCUAUCUUCUGGGCCCGACGAUAUCGGGUACCCAUUUCUCAAAAACCUGCCCCUAUCCGCCAAAACAACAUUUUUAAAUAUAAUCAACCAAAUCUGGAAUGAUGGUUCGAUACCUGAUAACUGGAAACGCGGCCUUGUUGUCCCUAUUCCCAAGCCCCAAAAAGAUCCAAGUAACAUCGACAGUUAUCGCCCUAUCACUUUGAUUGACUGCUCUGGGAAAAUCAUGGAAAGACUAGUCAAUCACCGCCUCAACACCAUUAUAGAUCAAAAACUACUCUUAGACGACCGUCAAUACGCUUUCCGUCCCGGCCGAUCAACCGAUGACUAUCUAUGCCUCCUUGAGUGCAUUCUGGAUGAUGCCUUAAGUCGAAGUCAACACAUUGAACUCCUAUCGUUGGACCUAUCCAAAGCUUUUGAUUGCGUCGAACAUAACACCAUACUCACCUCCCUGCGAGACUGGGGAAUUUCUGCACUACAUGAUCUGGGUCUCAUCAGUAGAUCCGGCCCUCGGCUCUACCACAAACUUGAACCUUUAUACAACGGAUGCAUCCGAACAGUUGGUUCCGCGUUUGUAACAAGCCCCAUCGUAUCGAUCAUGGCCGAAUGCGGCCAACUUCCUUUCAACUAUCUGGUUGCCAAGCACCUUACCUCUAAAUCAGUCCGUUGGCUCGCCAUUGGAGGCAACAGCGACGCUCCCCUAGUUACUCGCACCAACACCAUACUCCAAAAUCUCAUUAACUGCUCCCUUCCAUCUGUUUGUCCUAGAAGAAAACCUCCGUUUCGAUAUUGGACUGAAAAAACUCCACCCAUUGACUUCUCCCUAUCCCUCAAAAUCAAAGCCGGCCAACCCUCCUGCACCGUACUACCUUUUUUCCACGAACUAGUUGACAGAAAAUACAGGACAACGACUCACAUAUUCACUGACGGCUCCAAAACCAUUGACGGUCAAGUCGGCUGUGGCAUUGAGGAUCCUCUCAACAAGCGUAGCCUUGCCCUACCAUCUCAGUGCUCCGUCUUCAGCGCCGAAGCAUACGCUCUAUUGAAUGCCCUUCAAAAUAUUCCAAAUCAGCCAACCUCUACAACCAUCUUUUCCGACUCAGCAAGUGUGCUGAAAGCAGUCGCCAAGGGCAGCAUAAAACACCCCUGGAUAUCUUCCAUAUCACACGAGGCCUUAAAGAGAGGUGCUACCUUGGUUUGGAUUCCCGGUCACGCCGGCAUACCCGGCAACGAAUCUGCCGACCGCCUGGCUUCUAUAGGUGCCAACCUAACCCCACCAUCUGUACCCAUCCCGCAACAGGACGCUUACCCUCCCGUCGGAGCAGAUCAGCUUCGUGACACAGCGGAUGGUCCACAUCAAGUCGGAUGCGAACAAGAUCGUCCGAAAGCCGCUGCUCAAGAAUCGGGAAACAAAGUUUUGGAAACAGGAAUUCUCAUUGCCGAUUACCGGAGAGUCGGGCGGGACCAGAUGUGCAUCAAACCGAACUUUAUGAAGACGGGAGUGUCGUUGAAAUAUGAGAAGGUGGAACAUGGUCGACUCAUUCUGGUGUUCCAGCACCGGGGCAAGAAUAUUGCUAAUAAGGAGGCGAUGCCGCCAUGGCCAGUUACUGUUCUCGUUUGCCUUAGCAAUAUGCCGUGCAUUGUACCGACUUGCAAAACGCCGGCAGCUACCCUCGUUCCAUUCCCCAGCAAUCCGAAACUGGCGGAACGAUGGUCCGAAGCCAUUCAGGUGGGAUGUGAAAUACUCGGCGCCGUCAAUUCCGGGAAAAAUACCAUCCAUCAGAUUUGUGAAUCUCAUUUCUGUGCUGCAACUAAUGACUACCAAGAACCAUCGUUAUUUGUCAACAGCAAAAACAGAACAGUACAAAUUGUAUGCUGCCGUAUGUGUCUUCGAUUCCAUCCAAUUUCGAAAUCUAUACCCAAGAGUGGCCAUACAGGAAAGGACGACGUAUCCUCAUUCAUUAUGGAAACGAUGAACAUCGAUGUAAAUGAUUCGAGUUAUUUUAAUUUUAUUUGCGAAUGCUGCUUUGCACGCCUCGAUAUUUGCAAGGUGAUAUUGUCAAGUUUUCUCGACGCCGAUCAAUGCUUUCAGGAACUUAAAAACCAUAUCGCCGCUCACGAGUUGGAGUUUCUAGUAAAAGAUGAGGCAACUAUUUAUCAGACGAUUUCCGAUUCCGAAGAGUUACUUUCUGAGCCCAUGUAUGAUGAAAAAAUGGAAGAAGAAAACAAAUCAGAAAGUGAAACAGAGUUGAACUAUGAUUCUGAAGAUAGCCUGAAUGAGAUGGUAGCAAAUGGCACUACAAAUUCUGAUUCUGACGGAUCAGAUACCAAAAAGGAUUCAAUUAAUGAUAAACGCCCAAAAAGGUACAAAAAUGGAGCAUUCAGGAGAACUUUACGCAAAAAGUAUAUGGAAUCUAAUAAAACAGAUUCAGAAAAUUUGACACUUUUACUAGCAAAAAAGUGCUAUAUCUGUCAAAAGGUUUGGCCGGAUGCAAAUGCGUUGAACGAACACCUUACGGCUCAACAUGCAACUAUAACUGACUAUCGAUGCGGAGAGUGCAACGAGGACUGUCUAAGAAUUGGAACAUACAAUCGCCAUCUGGCUAAGCACGAUAAAUCUGAACGCCCGCACAAAUGUAACUUCUGUCCGAAUCGUUUCUCCCAUACUCAAACCAUGAAGCGUCACGAGAUGACAGUUCACAAUGUAAAACAUAAUGUGAAACCCUACAGUAAACCUAUCGUUAGGAGCAUAUUAUGCGAACACUGCGGGGCUUCGUUCCCCUACAGAACAAAGCUCACAGCCCAUAUACGUAUACAUCAUUUGAAUAAAAAACUAACCUGUAGCAUCUGCAACCGAUCAUUUACUACUAAUUCCAGUCUCGAACGCCAUAUGUUAAUACACAACAACCAGAAACCACACGUUUGUGCUACAUGUGGCGAAAGUUUCCGCAGGCUGCUCAAUCUGAAACAUCACAUGGAAAAAGUUCAUGAAGGACGCAAUCCUCAUGUUUGUACCGAAUGUAACAAAGAAUUCAAAACUUAUUAUACCCUGUGUACGCAUCGUUCCCAAGUACAUAAAGGAAAACCAGCACGAAGUUCAAAUCGUUCGCAACAAACCAAUAUACCAAUCGAGUGCUCGAUUUGUAAAGUAAAUUUUCCUACACACCGGGAACUUGGUCAACACAUCGAAGACUACCACUCAGAAGAUUACCCCUAUGUUGAAUGUGACGUAUGUCAGCAGAAAUUCAUGACUAAAAGACUGUUAUAUCCGCACAAAGCUUUGCAUACGGAUAAAUUUGAAUGUAAAAUUUGCGAAAAGAGGUUCCAGACUAAUCAGAGGCUACAGUUACACAAUGACGCCCAUCACAACACUGAGCGGAAGUACAAGUGCUUAACCUGCACAGAUAGAUUUUUUAAAAAUCUUAGUUCUUUUAGAAAUCAUAUGUCGGUACACAGAAGGGGAAAAAUUUUUCCGUGUGAGUUUUGCGACAAAACCUUUGCACGCAAAGAUAUCCUAAAGGUUCACCGAAGAACUCAUACCGGUGAGAAACCUUUCGAAUGUCCCGUUUGUCAGAAACGUUUUGGAGAUGAUGGAACUUUCAGUAAGCACAAGAAGCGAUGCUUAUCGAAUGCAGCGUCGAUGGGUGUUGAAAUUUUGAUGCAGUAAGGUCCUGCUGCAAGAUGGAUAAAUAUGUUACUAUUUUAAUUUUAAAUCAUUUUAGAAAUUUUAAAAUUAAAGGAAUGUGAAAAAAAUCAUUUUCUGUCAUAUCUACAAAUCAUUGAUUUCUAUUGAGGCUUCAGAGCUAAAGCAGUAUAAGCACUGUAAAGUGCAUAAAGGCUUCUUUCGAGAAACACGCUAUUUAAUGUUUUCAUGUUGCGCUAUCCCUAUAGGUUCAAAAAAUAUAAAUAUAAAAUAAGUUGAAGAUUAUGCAGUGGAUUAUGUGCAUACAUGAAAAAUUCUCGUAGGCAGGGUUGCCAUAAUUUUAAAAAAAAAUCAGGGAACUGGUGAAUUAAAAACCAGGCAAAAUCAGAGUAACGGAAAUUUUGCUCAAAGUGAUGACAAUUAAAGGGAAUCUUUCGAUUGCUUUCAUCCAGCCACAUUUUCACUUUUUAACUUCAGCAAUGGUACCUAAUCCAGUUCUUUACUACCCAUUUUCAUCACAUUCGCAAAAAUCAGGCAUAUUUUCAUAAUCAGGGAAAUUCAAUGAUCAUGGACUUCCCAGACACAUUCAGAAAAAAAGCGGGACACUGCCUAAAAAAGCGGGACAUUUGAGGAACUCUUUACUUUAAAUUUUUUUUUAAAUUAAAAACAGCUCAAUUAUAUCCAUGCAUGGUUGCAGUGGAUUGCAAUCAUCAUCCAACGUUGUUCUUAGAAAGUACACUAAGUUUUUUUUUCACGCGGAUUGAUUUUGUUCAGUUUUCUAUUACAUCACUUCUAUUUUCCCUGGGUUUUGCCAUAAUCACGUUUCAUUUCCACGGAUCUCACGAAUUAGAGAAAAUAUUUUAAGUCCUACAUGUAAACGGCGGAUUUGAUAACGCGUAGAAAACCAUUGUGUAAUAAAAAAUUAUUUCAAAUUUGUUUUAAGAUUCUGGCGAAAAAUUACUAUCUAUAAUCAUUUGGAAGCAACUUAAACAGAAUUUUCUUCAUUUUAAAGUUAUUUACAUUGAAUUGGUUGAACGUGCUCCAAGAACGGUUAAAUGAAUAAGAAUCUUUCUGUAAUGCUAAGAACAUAAGAUUUAUUCAGUAUUGUCUUAUAUGAAUGCGGUUUAUUUUAAGACAAAAAGGUUUUGAAAGCUUUUCUGUGUUGAACCAAUAAAUUCAAAUUGAGGUUAAAGUUUGAUUUUUUAGUGUAAGUUAUUGAACUUUGUAAAAGUUUGACAAGAUAAAAAAGUGGGACAUUUUAAGGAAAAAGCGGGACAUUCAAUAAAAAGCGGGACAUGAUGCUGAUUUUAUAAUAUUUGAAAUUGUCAAUAAUAAAUCUAUUUAUAAAUGUAUAAAUUUUUGGUGGUCCAAAGGAAGUUUUGGCCGCUAUCCCGGAACGUCCGGUAGAAAAAAAAACUCUUACUUCAAUAAAGACACCCAAUUUUGGCUUUGCAUUGCUGUAUCU